UUGUACUACGGAUACAUAGGGCCAGGUGAUCGGCUGCUCAACAGAACUUACGUUCAGCAACCGGCGAUCCCCAACACUCUUCAGUCUCAAGAUGUAAUCUACCGUGGGAACUAUACGACUAGGAUAUCAGCCAUUCAGGUGGUCGAGCUUGGAUACACGCAGUACGCAACACCUUGGUUGCUGUAUGGUGGUAUUGGUGCCAACAACGUCAGCAUUAGGAUUCAAUCGGCGAGAGGUUAUGGGUACAACUAUCUCAUCGACAUUUGGGGACGAUAA